UCCCGCACGCACCGGGGGAAAGUGCCGCGCCGGCCGCCCCGCUGCCGGACAGAGCUCUGAUGCCUCUGAAGUGGUAAUCCUGGAGUGCUGCUGGGUAGCGGAAUUCAGGAGUAAAACAGAUGUUUCAAUAGUUCUCAAUGACUUUUGGUACAUAAACCUUCCAAUACCUAAAGGGGGAUAUACAGAAGAGCUGGAGAGGGACUUUUUACAAGGCCAUGGACUGAUAGGACAAGAGUUUCAGAGUGGAGAACUGGAUCUUUACCUUGAAGCCACAUCAAAGCCAGACUGUGAAUCUUGGGCUCUGGCACUGGGAGAGGCGAACUCAGAUUGUUUGUGGAAUAAAAUUCAACAGCUCCGGUGCCUGAUCAUGGAAAUCAAAGAGGAGAGAUCAUCAGAUGAAGCACGACAGUUUCUCCCUUCAUCCCAGUUAGACAGUCUAGGAGAGCCCCAGUUUACAAGUAUUCAGAGAAUUGCAAAUGAGCCAAAGCUGGAAUUCAGUCUUGCAUGCAAGGAUCUAGUGGCACCUACCCGUGAUCGGAAGCUGAAUACGUUUAUCCAAGUCUCAGUGGUGCAUCCAGUAGAGCACAUUUUGACGCGGUAUUCAAGCACUGAAAUCGUGGAGGGUACAAAAGAUCCACUGUUUUUGACUGGUGUGACCUUCCCACCGGAAUAUCCCAUCUAUGAGGAAACUAAAAUAAAACUAACAGUCUAUGAUGUCAAAGAUAAAUCCCAAGAUACGGUCCGCACCAGUGUCCUACCUGAUCACAAGGAACCAAGAGCAGAUGUUGGGCGAAGCUUCCUGGGCUGUGCAACUUUUAGAGUGGGAGAUCUGGUAAAGUCAAAGGAGCAACAGCUGACCCUUACCCUCAGAACAUCUGAUGCUGGAAGGACAGUUGGUACCAUUGAAGUCAAUCUUCUGAAGAUGGGAGAGCUAGAGGAGGGGGAAACAGACCACAUCACAGCAGAUACCCAGGAUCAAAAGUCUGCAUUGGUUCGUGAGUGUACAGCCACUGAAGGCAUAAGUGGGAAAGACAACCUGCCUUCCUUAAAUGCAGUGUUGAGAAACCCAGUCUGUAAGUUAUAUAGAUUCCCUACUUCUGACAACAAGUGGAUGCGGAUCCGGGAACAGAUGGCUGAGACUACCCUCUCUUUCCAUGUUCCUAAAGAACUAAUAAAUCUGCACAUAAAGGAGGACAUGAGAAGGAAUCAGGAACUUAAAGACCUGGGAGAACUUGCUCCUCACUGGGACAACAUGCGCAAAAGUGUAAUUGCUCACUGUGAUCAGAUGUUGAGCGUGUACCAGGACACUCUUGCAGAGCUUGGGAAGCAUACAGGUUCUUCAUUUAAGUCAAGCUGUAGCAAAGGAGAAAAAACACUAGAAUUCAUCCCAAUAAAUCUUCAUCUGCAAAGAAUGCAUGUGCAUAGUCCUCGAUUGAAAGAUGCUCUGUAUGAUGUUAUCACCGUGGGAGCCCCGGCAGCGCAUUUCCAAGGAUUUAAGAAUGGUGGUCUCCGGAAACUGCUAAGUAAAUUUGAGGCAGAAAGACGAAAUACUGGAUACCAGUGUAUUUACUAUUCACCUGAAAACACAGCCAAGGCAAAAGAAGUUCUCAGCAACAUCAAUCAUCUGCAACCUCUUAUAACAAGCCAUGCAGACCUGCUGCUUAGUUCUGCAAGCCAACGUUCUCCGGACAGCUUGAAGAAUUCUUUAAAGAUGCUUUCAGAAAAAACAGAGUUAUUUGUGCAUGCAUUCAAGGACCAGCUAGUCAGAAGUGCCCUUUUAGCACUGUACACAGCCCGCCCUGGCUGUGUCCUCAAGAAACCAGCUGUGCCUAGGAACAGUGCAGAAGAAGGCGCUGAUGCACAGCACCAGGAUCAUCCUUCUCAGAUUAAAAGGCAGGACUCUAUACCCCAUCAUUCUGAGUACGAUGAGGAAGAGUGGGACAGGGUGUGGGCCAAUGUCGCAAAGAGUUUGAACUGCCUUAUUGCCAUGGUGGACAGACUGCUUGAAAAAGACAUUAGCAACAUUAAAGAGGAUGAAAAUGAGUCUUCAGCAGCAGAUUGCAAGGUGUUGCAUACAGGUGGUGACUGGUAUGAACAGCUAUACCCGCUGGUGAUUACACUGAAGGACUGCAUGGGAGAGGUGGUGACCAGGGCCAAGCAAUCCAUGGCAUUUGUCCUGCUCCAGGAACUUGCCUGUGGUUUGCCCCAGUGCUUGAUGCUGACCCUAAGAAGAGACAUCGUCUUUAGCCAAGCACUUGCUGGAUUGGUCUGUGGAUUUGUAAUCAAAUUGCACACAGGUUUGCAUGAUCAAGGAUUUUUACAACAGCUUCAUACUGUUGGAUUACUUGUGCAAUAUGAAGGACUCCUUAGUACAUAUAGUGAAGAAGCAGGGAUGCUAGAAGACAUGGCUGUGGGCAUUUCAGAUUUGCAGAAAGUAAUGUUUAAAGUAAUUGAAGCCAAAUCAGAAGAUUUUUUGCCUAUUAUAACUGGAAGGCGUGAACAUUACAUUAUAGAGGUCCAGCUUCCAGCAAAGAUGUUUGAGCUGCUACCACAGGAGAUUAAAGAAGGAAAGCUGCUUCACAUGUAUCCAGUGCUCUUUAAUGUUGGAAUCAAUGAACAGCAAACACUGGCAGAGAGGUUUGGAGAUACCACUUUGCAGGAAAACAUUAACCAGGAAAAUUUAGAACUUCUCAAAGAAUAUUACAAGUUAUUUAUGGAAAAAAUGCCUCCUGAUUGUUUACCACAUUUUCAAGAACAAAAUGAUUUAAAGGGAUUGCUAGAAAGUCUUCAUCAAAAUAUCCAGGCCAAAAAGAGAAAGAAUGUAGAAAUCAUGUGGCUGGCUGCAACGAUUUGCCGGAAGUUGAACGGAGUGCGCUUCACCUGCUGCAAAAGUGCCAAAGACAGGACAUCCAUGUCAGUGACGUUAGAGCAGUGCUCCAUCCUGAGGGAUGAGCACCAGCUGCACAAGGACUUCUUCAUUCGGGCACUGGAUUGCAUGAGGAGAGAAGGAUGCCGCAUAGAGAAUGUUCUGAAGAAUGUCAAAUGCAGAAAGUAUGCAUUCAACAUGAUACAGCUGAUGGCUUUCCCAAAGUACUACAGACCUCCAGAGGGGACAUAUGGAAAAGCUGACACCUAAGUUUAACAAAAAUGUAAUCAGGAGCAUACAUCAUGCUAAUAAGUGGAUAGAGCAACUGCUGUUUAUGACAUAUGAACUGGGAAUGUAUAACCAGUGGAGGUGUUAUUUUUAUCAGGUUUUAUCAUUUUACAUUAAAAUGAAUCUGGGUAGUCAUUAUGAAAUUAAUACCAUGAAAAAGCAAUGGACUGGAUAUUCUCAAAAUCAAAUAUAUUCAACUUAUCUUUGUGAAGCUGAAGCUUAGUAUGAGUCAUAAGCCGGCUGGAAUUAGUUUUUGGGGUCAUUUGAUUGAAGAUUAAAAAGGUAAAUGACAUUUGCUGUAGGAACAGAGAUUAGUAAUCUAGAAGGUGGUGUUCUGACUCCAAACCAAACCCUGAGAUUUGAUUUAAGGGGUCUCACUGCUGGAAAGGGUGUUUUCUGGAACCAGCAGGGCACUGAGGUCUUGAUCACUAGUGAUUGAACCCUUCACACAAAUGUUUAUGAAAGAUUAUAAUGUUGCUACCUGGGCUAAAUAUAAUUUUGGUAAUUACAAUUAGCUUCUUUACAUAAGCAUGGUGACUUCAAAAUAUAUUUUUAGUAAUUGCAGACUGUAAUUUCAGUCAUUCCAUUCUGAUUCCCUGCAGUUCAUUUGGAUGUAUCACUCUUGGUUUUCUGUACCCUAGCCAAAUAUCACUUAUUUCACUUUCACAUAAAUCACACUGAAAUCAGGGAGAUUAAUUCCACAAGUAAGGUGAGCUGAAUUUUACCUCCUAUUUAGUCUAAACACUUAAAAGUAAAUUUUAUUUAGUGGUUGGAAAAAUAAGUUGUAUAUACAGGAGUUAAUGUAUCUUUAGACUAUGAAAACAUGUAUGUUAUUACAAAGCCUAAAAUAAAUGUUAAGAGCAAGCUGCUGUACUAGAACUAGUUAGCCGCUGCAGCUGAUUUAUACCAAAUUUGUAAUGCUGCACGUAGACACUCUAGGAUGAGGAACUAUCAUCUUUAAAAAUGAACAUUAAUGCUCUGCCAGCUUGUGUUAGUCCUGAAAUUUGUCUUGCAAAGAACAUUUGUGUUUUCUAGUUGUAUCUAUUUAUUACCUUCUUCUGCCUCCCAGAGAGAAAUACAAUUUAACACUCCCAAGUAUUCACUGGUUACUGACCUUUAUGUAGUGCAUUCUUUUCAUACCUAGAGCAGAAGUAUGAGAAAUUUAUCCUAAUGAAACUACCCUGGGCAUUUGAGCAUCUGUAGGAAAUUGUAAUUGCCAUGGAUAAAGAAGUAAAUGUUUGCUUACUCCUAUGGAAGUCAAAGAAAUCUCUAUGCACCAUGAGUUGUAAUUUGUUCUUUUUAAUCCAUUAAUGUCCAUUACUGGGUAUAAAUCUGUAACUAUAAUGGAAUAUUAGAGCCUGAUUCUGCAAAUUCUAUUUGGGUGAUCCCAUGGAACUGAUAUAUCAUCUGGCUAAAAUUAAAUCCAUCUUGUGUGGUUGAUCAUCUUGUAUGUAAGAUCAGGUUUUGGAGUUUGUAGGAAAAUGUCAGAAAGAGAUCCUUGUUCUAAUAUUCAUUGACUUCAGUUGAGCCAGAAAUUCACCUAUAAAAUAUAUUAAUUAAUUGUAACCUUUUGUUCAAACAAAAUCAGGUAAUGUAAAUAGUGUUUUGGUGCAUUCGUUUUUAUUUCUAUUAUAUAAUGUGCUAUCAUUAAUUGCUUCCUUGAUCUUGGAAUGUAUUCAGUAGAUGUCAGAAGAGUUGGCAAUACAUCACAGAUAAGCUCAGACUGAUGAGAACAUAAUACCUUGGUUUCUUCUUGUCAUGUACCAGUAGAAGUGGACAAUACUCACUGGGUGGCUGGAUAUGUGCAUAAAUUAGUAUUUAGGUCUAUGAAUAUAAUGUAAGUCAUCUAUAUGAAACUUUUUUUGUGGAUUUAUGGAGCAUAAUCCUUUCUAGAAAAGGAGUGCUUCCUUCUGUCAGGCUACUGCACUAGCCUUCAAAAUAUACAUGUUUAUUAUUAGCUUAAAAAGCCCUGCAUGUGCAGUUUCCUCCUGGAUCUCUGAAAUUCCUCAUGGAUCUUUGAAAUAACCCCCAGGUAUGCAGUAGCGAAUGUCAACCAUUGUAGAGCAUUAUGAAACUAUCUGUAAAAAUCUCAGUGGGGAUGGUGUUCCCUGCUGGGUGCUAUAGGUACCUAGACUUCUUUAUGAGUCCCUUUGACAUUCUGUCAAGUUAAAAAUAUGAAAUUUUCUAGAUUUUCUUGUCAGGAAAAUAGUCUUUCAAGAUUUUGCCUCAGCAUUUUAAUCCUACCUGGGCUCUAAAUUGCCAUUGUCACUACUGUGUUAUUUUUGUGGUGAAGUUGUUUUUCACACUGAAGCCAUGGAUUUGAUGAGGAAAAAGAAAAGAUGGCACUGGAUUAUGGUCCUUUUUUGUUUUAGCAGCCAUUCACAGUAUGUUCUUGUGAAAUUAAAUAAUCUCUUAUUUACUAAAGAUAAUUAAGACAAAAUCCCAAACACAUCAGUGGGCUGCAGUGAAACUUCACUAUGCUUGGUCUGUUACAGAAGAGUUGGCUGGGUUUUGUGCUAAAUAAGACUAAGUUUUUCUCACUAAUUUUUGGACUGGAACAUCUUUUUGUAGGUCAGGAGAGCUUUGUAAAACCUGCUGAAGUGCUCCAAGUCUCCUGGAAAAGCCUCAUUGCUUCAGUACCAAAACAGGCCCAAAUGUUUUGUUUGAUCCACUGCCUGCUGGGAGAUACUGUGGUCCCUGUGGGAAAAGGCUGUGCCACCAGCUGAGUUGUCAGCUGACCAUGGAUUCAAAGUCCAUGGGCUUUCUGGUUUGCCUUUUAUGAAGAAGCAAAGAGGUGUUCGCUGCAGGUUGAUGAUUGCAUUAUUUCGAGUACAUUUACCCUUUGUGCAGCUGCUUCCAGCCCUGUGGGUUGUUUGGAUGCCUAACAGAGGAGUUAAAUCAUCCAUGGGGUCUUGCACAUGAUCUUGUAGCUCACUGUGGCUAUCAGAGGAGUAAAACUAAAGAGCUUAAGUUUUAUAAGCAAACUACAUUGUUUUUUUGUAGAGGGAUAAGGUAAGCAUCGUGAUUUUGGUAGUGGCUCCACAAAAACUGUUCCAUACCUGCUCUCUUAAAACUUUAGCAAGGUAUAAAAUAAUCUGCUUUUAAGGGAAGACAGUUCUCAAGGGCUAAAAGAUGAAAAUUCAAAAAUACAUCUGUCAUCUAAAGCCAAGUCUUGUCUUACAGAAGAUAUUUGUAGAAAUCAAAUCAGGAUCUGUCUUGAGGAGUGCCGAAAUAAGGGCUUCUAGCUUUCAGUAUUUGUACAAUGCAUCUCAUACACUUACAUGGGGGUUUUGUAACUACACAGAGUAGCAUCUAAAUAGAGAGCUAGUCUAAAAUACCUAAAAAAAUAAGGAAAGGAAUAUUAAAGUAAUUUUUUCCCAGAAAUGUUUGUAAUAUUGUUAUAAUACUUAAUGCAUAACAUAACUAUAUGACAUUAAGCAGGCAGAUCUUUUUUUCUUUUCUUGUCUUUUGAGGAAUUUAAAAUAUAUUCUGUUUAAUGUUUUUACUUUGGCUUUUAUGGAGAAAUUAGGAAACAAAAAAUUUUUAUUAUGUUAUCUGAUUUUUGUCUAUGUGAAGCUGUGUAUUUUGAUGGUAUCCUAGUAAUGUCUGUGUUAUAAAAAAAAAUAAUUUAGGAGGACACAACUGAAACAAAAUAUUAACUAAGAAGUAGCCUUAAUGAAGCCCUUUGCAAUGUUAAUUUUUGUACUGUCUGAAUUUUGCCAUUACAUAAGUGAAAUGAGGAAAUUAACAAACAAUUUUGUGUCUAAAUCAAUCUUUCCUGAUGAAAUUUCACUUAGUUGCAGUGGAAUGAAUUGUAAUUGUAUUCUAAAUCUUCACUAGUAAUUUGGGUAUAAAGAAAUGAAACACUUCAUUUUGAACCUUACUCUAUAAUGUCUAUUAAAAGUUUCAGGGAAAACUUUUUUUUAUUUCUAGAUUAAACACAAUUUCCAACAAAUGCUAUAGUCCAUUUAAAAAAAAGCAGACAAUGCACUGAACGUCAACCAGUGUAAUAAAGAAAGCAAUUGCAUUGAAAACUAUGCAGCAAAUUUACUUGUGUAAAUUGAUGUAUGUAAUUGGUUAACAGUCUUAAACAUAUAUUGUGUCAGUUGGUUAUGUUGUCAACUUGAAACCUAUAUCCUUGAUAUCUAUAUUUAUGCUUUAUUUUAUUAUAAAGAAGUGUACUGUAUAUGGAAUGAUGAGACAUGAAUUUGCAUCUUACUUUUCACUUCCUUGCAGCUUAAAAGCAGAUGUUUACAAUGAAAAUGCUUUAAAGUAAUUUGCUGCUCUUGAAAACACAAACUUACCUUGUAUAUUGCACGUUUACAAAAAAAAAAUAAAUAAUACAAAUGCUUUUUUAGAGAGAGAAAAACAACUUCACAGACUUCAGUCCUUAAAACAUUGCUUUUUUCCCUUAGUCAUGCAACACCUCACCUGUUUUGUUGCCAAGCAUUUGGCUUGCACUUUGCAGUAUUCAAACAUUUAUUUCCUCUUUCUUCCAUAGCAUUUGCUGAAUAAGAAAUAUAACAACCAUGACUAUCAGCAUGAUACUCAUGAUCCAAGGUUAAAAAUUUAGGAUAAAUAAACUAUAAGACACUUGUGAACCAGUGUCUCCCUGUUCCAAAGACCUGAAACCUAAGGCGCAGGAUUUGUGUGCUGUGCUGACUGGGAAAAAGAGUUACAGUAGGAGUCUAACUAUGAUAAAAAAAUGCCUUGGACAUGCCAGGUUCAGAGUGGUGAGAUUUGAACCACACUGCUCUUACUUAGAUCUCUUAACUGUUGGCAGUGGUGUUUGGUUACUCUUUCCAUGCAUGCAAAGUGCUUUAAAAGUUUUCGGCACUUCUGUUUAUGAAUGGUCUGACUUUAAAACUUCUAAAAUCCCAAAUUACUUUAGUACUUGUUUUCCUUUUGUGUAGCUGUCCUCUGUGAUUUUCCCGUCUUGCAUUCUCAAGCACACAGGGCUGUGUAUAAGUAAUAUUAACAGGACUUUGGUCCACAGCCUGUGUUUGUCCAGAGAAAUGAAGCACACCUAUAGGAAUUCAAUGCUUUUUAUAUUUCAGGAUUUUUCAUUUUUUUGUUUCACUGCUGUCUGUAAGCCAUGUCCAUUGUACACUAUGUGUAUAUUUUUAUUUAAAUAAAUGUAAUGUUUAUUUUUUA